AUGGUGGUCAAGCUGCUUUUCAAAAACGGUGUAGACGUUAAUUCCGAGGAUGGAAACGGCCGGACGCCGCUGGUGUUAGCGUCGUUGAAUGGGUAUUAUACGGUGGCCGAGCUUCUUCUCGAAAACGGUGUAGACGUUGAUUCUAAGGAUAGGCACGGCCGGACGCCGUUAGUGUCAGUAUCGUUAAACGGGCAUUAUACGGUGGCCGAGCUUCUUCUCGAAAACGGUGUAGACGUUGAUUCUAAGGAUAGGCACGGCCGGACGCCGCUUCUUCUUCUGGAAAAUGGUGUAGAGGUUAAUUUAAAGGAUAAAAAUGGUAGGACGCCGUUGUCACAAGCUGCAGCAAAUGGACGCGAAGAAGACGUUAAGCUAUUGCUUAGGUAUAAGGCUGAAGUUAACUCUAAAGAUAAAGUUAGCUGGACACCGCUCUGGCGCGCUGCAGAAAGCGAAUAUAAGGGAAUGGCUAAGUUACUUCUCGGGUAUGGCGCCAAGGUAAAUGUGGAAGAUAUUGAUAGUAACACGCUGCUGUCAAUGGCUGUGAUGGGUGGACGUAUGACAAUUGCCAAGAUUUUUCUCGAGCAUGACGCUAGCUCUCUCCCUACGAGUACUGAGUACGGCCGAAUUCUGAUAUUAUGGGCUGCGAAAAAUGAUGACAGGAGGUUAGUGAGGCUUCUACUCGACAAUGGCAUUCAUGUGGAUUCUACGGACACUAAAUACAGCCGGACACCGUUGUGUUGGGCUGUAGAAGAAGGAAAUGACGCAAUGGUCGAGCUGCUACUUGCUAACAACGCAGAGGUAAAUGUGGUAGAUGGCAAUGGUCAAACGCCCCUGUUUCGGGCUGUAGAAAGAGGAUCUAAUGAAGUGGUCAAGGUACUACUUGCUAACAAAGCGGAGGUAAAUGUGGCAGAUGGCAAUAAAAGAGGAUCUGAUGAAGUGGUUAAGCUACUACUUGCUAACAAAGCGGAGGUAAAUGUGGUAGAUGGCAAUGGUCAAACAGCCCUGUUUCGGGCUGCAACACACGGCCACAAAGCGGUCGUCAAUCUGCUGCUAGAACAUAGAGUCUUUCUGGACUCUACGGAAAUCAUAUAUAGCCGAACACCCCUGUCCACAGCCGCGGUGAAUAGGCACGAGGCCGUGGUGAGGCUACUGCUCGAAUUUGAUGCUAAAGCAGACUCUAAGGACCACCUACAUCGCACGUCACUGAUGUUAGCAGCGUUGAAGGGGCACGAGCAAAUAGUUAAGCAACUUCUCUCGACGGGUGCGGAAGUCAACUCUAAGGACGUGUAUGGCCGAAUAGCGCUGUUCUAG